AUGUCGAUGUCCGGCUCGGACGGAGUCAUGACUCCUGACUCUGGCUGGACGCCAGUGUUCCAGACAACUAGACACCAUGACACGAGUACUGAAGCCAUCCUUGCUGCUGUCAACAGCAUGCAGGACACCAUGAGCAGCGGGUUCGCUGGCCUGAGUGACGACGUAAAGGGUCUGAGCAAUGAAGUUAAGGGCUUGAACAUCGAAGUGAAGGGUGUGAGCAAUGACACCAAGGGCCUAAGCAACGACAUCAGAAGUCUGCGCUAUGAUAUCCGCGACGAAUCCUCCAACAUUCGCAAGGACAUUCAUGACGAUAUCAAGGGCCAGAACAGCAGUGUCAAAAACCUACGCAACGAACUGAAAUGCGGAUUCUCCACCCUCCGUGAGGGCAUUCAUGACGAUAUCAAAGAGCUAGACAAGGAAACACACGGCGGAUUUUCCAGUCUCCGCGCCGACAUUCGUGGCGAGGUCAAGGGUUUAGGCGACAAUAUCAAGAAGAGCCUGCAAAACGACCUGGAGGACAAGUUAUUCAACCUCCGCGAGCACAUUCGUGAUGAUGUCAGUGGUCUAAGCAAUGGUAUCAGAGACCUAGGCAAGGAAACACAAGACGGAUUGUCCACCCUUCGCGAGGACAUUCAUGACGAUUUUAAGGGCCUACAGAACCUGCAAGACAAAUGCGUAGACCUAAUCGAAGACGCUGACUUGCGUGGCAACACCUGGAAUGGACUCAACAAUGCCGAGAUUCUUCGCAAGGAGCUCAAGGACCUAAGCAUAGAGAUUCUCAAUCAUCUUAAGCCCGAGAAAUCUACCAACCUCGCCGGGCACAACUUUGCAGAGGACUAUCUGAAGAAAGAACUUAGACCGGUUAAGUUUGAAUUUACCGAUGAAGAUAUUUCGUACAGCCCUAAAAUGGUUGCCGACAUCUACACACUCUCGGAGGAGCAGAUUGAUGAGCUCUUAGACCAUUUGUUUGUGGAACCUGAGUCGAUCCCCAAGGGUUUGGAGAAUAAGAGGUUGAAGCUCCUGCGUACUUACGGAUUGGUUGAUUUUUAA